CUGAUUUCAGAAGUAUCUAUAAAGGGUUGUACCCAGGAGUUCCAAUGUCGGUACAAACAGAAGAGAGCUGGCUUCAGGACAUGUUUGGUGUCAAGGAUGCAGGGACAAUGACAGGCCUUACAGCAAAGGAAGUGGCCUUAGGGCUUCUGGCUUCCAAGAUUAGAGACAGAUGGGUCAUCAAUCCUGAGGAGCCCAAACUCAGUGUGCUGUGUGAGCUGGAGUUUAAAGAAGACUUCAUUCAGCUCUUUGAGCCUUCCCAGACAACACUGCCCAGCGUCGGGCCGCCGUCCAUUCUGGCACACAAAAAAGAUCAUUCUGACUUAGACAUUUACUUCAAGGAGGAAGAGGAAGAUCUUGCCCCCAAGUGUGAAUUCUGUAACAGUGACCUCCACUCAUUCCUCUCCAAUGUGGACAUUUCCUCUAACAUGGAAGGAUCUGCCCCCUGUUGCCGUCAUUUCCAAAAUCUCAUCGACUUCAUCUAUGAGGAAAACCAGAAAUCCCAACACACUGCGACGGAGCUGAUCAAGAUUGCCCCUCACGCGGCCCACGGCAGCGAGGCAGAGCGGCUCAAGGCCAAGGAGAGGGCCCAGAGGAGGAAACAGGAGCGACUGGCGGCCAGGCAUCUUGCAAUACUGGCCAACACGGAGCAGAUUAGUUCCAUACCAGAAGACCCAAGGCGCUUAAAAACAAUUUCAUAUCAACUUUCGGUGGAUGUUCCAAAACCAAAGCCAGUUGUAGAAAGGCUGUCUGACUUUUAUCUGAAGUAUACUAAUAUAUCCAUCCUUUGUUGUGAUUCCAGGAGAGCAUGUGGAAAGGUGGUGACCAGCGAGCUCCUGGAGAGGCACUACAAGAACGGCCGCAAGUUCCUGACCUCGUUCCCAGAUGGGACCACACAGAUCUUGUAUCCUUUCCAUCAAGGAGAGAGAUUGCCAGUUCAUUCUCAAAGAAAGAAAGAUGAUGAAAAUACUGGGAACUAUCCAUCUGGAAACCUAGCCAUCAUCCAAGUGCCCAACAAGAUAAAUGGCUUCACGUGUAUAAUCCAAGAAGACGUGCCCAUGAACCCUGCCAUCCUGGCGCUGCUGGACUCCUCGGGCAGAAGCUCCUGCUACCACCCCAAUGGAAAUGUCUGGGUGUUCAUCAAUCUCCUGGGAGGUCAAUAUUCAGAUCAAGCUGGCAAUAGAAUAAGAGUCUGGAAUUGGUCCCGUUCUGUGACGUCCUCGCCUUUGGCUUCGUUUAAGCCUGUCUUCUUGGCUCUGAACCACCACGUUGGAAUUCGAAUCUUAGGGCAGGACAAAGUUUCCAUCACUUUCCUAGCAAUGGGACAACAGGCAAGAAUCAGCGUUGGGACCAAAGUGAAGGUGGCCCUGCCUGAGGAGAUCCCAGUGCUGUGGUACGUGAGUGGAGAGGACCUCUUCCUGCUGGCCAGCUUAAUCAAGAUCCGCAGGCUGUUCCACAGGCUGCAAGGUGGCGCAGCCUUCCCCUCGAGCCAGGUUUGGGGAAGACUGAAGCAGCCUUCCUACCUUUCUUCACUCUGUCUAAAACUACUUGCCCUCUGUCACAACUCAGGGGCAAAGAAAGAUAUCCUGACAACUGUCAGAGACAGAAUAAAGGAAAACAUUUAAACAAGGGGGAGAUGCUCUCCUUGUUUGCUAUUUUCAUAUUC